UUACGUCUGCGUAGCCUGCCCUUGCCGCGAUGCAGGAGCCAAUCAUGUUGCAGCGGGGCGAGUCUUACCAGGAAAGCGAAUGGGAUUCCUCAUAACGCUUUUGCGGCUGCAGCGCAGUUAACGUGUUUGACCGUAAAGCAGAAUAUAAACCGAUAUUGUCUUAUCUAAAUGAGAGGCUGGUCUGUCCGCGAGCAGUCCUUUUAAGGGGCGUGAAGUUUGGCUGUUUUGCUAACAACUCGUUUCUGUGAUGCGAUACUAUGAGGAGCCAAUGCUUUAUUGGCGACGAACUACAGAAAGGGAAUAACGUAACCCUACGCUGUAUAUUUACUCCGAACAUCGCGUAACUUGUUUCAGCGGGACGUUGUCGAUAUCAACACGAAUUCACGCGAGUGUUUAGUUAAUGAUGAGUGAACCGGCUCUCUGGUCACUGCAUUACGGCGACUGGCGUUAAUGCUAACGUAACUAGCUCGCUAGCCCAUUUGGAUCGGCUGCUAUGAGCUACUGGCGGCCGCUGAUUCGGCUAACGUUGGCGAGCAACAAGCUAAGCCCAACAUGCUAACAGCAGCUUCGUGUUAGGAAAAGAAUAACCGCGCUUUAUCACAACCACUUCAAUUAAAGCUGCAUUAGACUUGAACGUUCGCCGUGUACGCGGUUAUCGGUUGGUAGUUGUAGCCACCCCGAGCUACAUUAUUGAACGCGCUAGCAUUCAAUGGGAACUGUCGUAGUCAGUAGUCACGCUCUUGCAACUAUCAGCUCGAGUUCGUGGUCAUUGUCCUGCGUUUAGCCAUUGCAUGCUAACUAUCCAUCUGGAAAGUUGGCGAAUUUACAUAACGUUGCAAAAAAACGUUAAGGCGGACUAGACGCUGGCUGUCCUGACAGUUUUGUUGUAAGGACCUGUAGCGACAACGGUAUUUUGUUUGACAACGUUAAGUUUCCUCUAGUUGUUCAUAAGACUGGCCUCGUUGAUUACGGAGCGUUCCGUCUUUCUCAAGCUAUUUUUUCCCCCCGAGCCUGCCUACUUAAUGUUUUUGCCUCAAACGUGUGAAGUUAACACGUUCCGAGAGCAAACAUGUAACAGCCUCGACUUAACCUUUUGGAUUGUAAAAAGAACUGUAGGGUUUACUAGCCACAAUGCACAAUUCAGGAGUCCUAUCCCAAGAAAAGAUGGAGCUAGACCUGGACAGCCCAUCUUCCUUAGUUCAGACCGAGGGGCAGCUGAGAAGAUCCAACAGUGCACCCAUGAUUAAUGGCCUAAGUGAUAACGCCCAAGUGUUCCAGAGAGGGGUAUUGCGAAGCCGCAGAAAUAGCACUACUGUUGUCAACAGGCCAAAUAUGAUUCCUUCGUCGCCCAUCCGUGUUCCAAGCACCAGGCUUCAUCAGAUCAAACAAGAAGAGGGUGUCGAUGUGAUGAACAGAGAAACUGCACAUGAGCGGGAAGUUCAAGCUGCUAUGCAAAUAAGCCAGUCCUGGGAGGAAAGUCUCAGUCUGAGUGACAAUGAUUUGGAAAAGUCCGCGUCGUCAUCUCCGAAGCGAAUCGACUUUGUGCCUGUGUCUCCGGCACCGUCCCCAACCAGAGGGAUAGGGAAAAAGCAGUGCUUCUCUCCUUCUCUCCAAAUCCUUGUGAGCAGCAACGGCCUCAAUCCCAGUCCGAUACCCAGUCCAACGAGGCGCUUUGGACGGAGCCAGAGCCCUAUCAACUGCAUUAGACCCAGCAUUCUUGGGCCCAUAAAACGCAAAGGAGAGAUGGAGACAGAGAGUCAGCCUAAAAGGUUUUUUCAAGGCACCACCACUAUGCUGUCCUCCGACGUCUCCAACAUGUUGGAUCUCAGCUCCUGCCACUCUCCAGAUGGAUUGUUGGACGGCAGCCUCAGCAGCAUCUGCUCCUCCACAGACUCCCCGGGCAAAAUGGAGGGAGGGUCCCCGUCGUCGUCGAGCAACUCUCCCUUUGCGUCCCUCCAGGAUUUGUCCCCAAAGUGAGAGUGCGAUGGCAAUAAGAGACUUCCCGAAAACAGUCUUCUCUGGGAGGAAACACUUUUCCCUGAAGACCCUCCACCUCCUAAAUGCCGAGAGGAAUGUGUAUUUUCUAAUGUUGCUGGUUGUUCAGAUAGGUCUUAAGUCGAGAAAGUCGAGAGGUGAAAGCCAUGGUUGUGUAGAUGCAAAUCUAGUGACAGUGUGAAAGGCUGAGGUUGCGGAGCACAAGCUGCUAGUCUUUGGAUGGAUGGUGCUCGGCUUUACUGGAGUUAGUUCUACAAUUGUGUGCGCCCACCAGUUCCCCUCAAUAGAAAUGAGACAUGAAGCACUGGACAAACACCGAUUUGGAUUUCUAUUUCCCCGUCUAUUUUGUCCAACAGGCCUUUGUAUGUACAAAAAAAGUAUUUAACUUAUUGUUUUUCAGCAUUUUUUGCUAUUCUGUACAUGUUAAUCUUACGAAUAGUUUGUUUAGUUUGAAGUUGGCAUGAUGCCGUUAAUGAUAUGAAUCUGCUAAAAGAAAUACUGUAUAAGGAAACUUUACUGUUAUACUGUAGAGACGAUUGUUCCCUUGAUUCAAAGCUGUAAACUGUGGUGCUUUUUUUUUUUUAAAAAAUAUAUAUAUA